AUGGUUUUCUUCUAUAAAAACUCCAACAAACUUUAUGGUGACAUAAUUAACACCCUAAAGAAAUCCCUAUCACAAUGUCUAACACAAUACUAUCCGUUUGCAGGAAGGUUGUUGCUCCCUGAUCACGUUGAUUGUAACGACGCAGGAGUCGAGUUCUUGGAAGCUUCCAUCGAUAGCCGACUUGAUGAGUACUUUGUUGUCAAGAAAUUAGAGAAAGAUGACGACGACACCCUUCUAGGCCAACUCCUUCCCUAUUCUAGACUUGGUUUGGCUGUUAACAGUAGUACUACUAACAGUAGUAUAGCCGAAAUCCAGCUGACCCAUUUCACUUGCGGUGGAGUCGCAUUGGGUGUGUCCAUAGCCCAUAAGGUCGCUGAUGGUUUCACAGCGGUUAACUUUAUGAACCACUGGGCCGCUGUCACACGUGGUGAGACGCCUCCAGUUAAGCUUAGUUUCUCGUCAUCCCCGUCCUCGUCCCACAUAUUCAGCUACAAAGAUAUUAUUACGGAUCCAGAGCAGCAGGUGGGCGUCGUGCCAGUUAAGUAUGUAACAAGGAGACUCUUAUUUCCUAACUCCAAAUUGAAUGAGCUCAAGAACAAGGUUCUUAGUAUAGUGAACCCCACACGGGUCGAUUCCUUGACAUCUUUAAUCUUUAAAUGUGCUAUGGGUGCAGCCACAGCCAAAUCAGGUUCUUCUUCGCAACCCUCAAACUUGAUGCAACCGGUUAACUUGAGGGGUUCAAUAUUUCCCAAACUAGGUGCCGGCAACAUGAUUGGACUGGCGAAUGCGAGGAUUAAUGCGGAUUCAGGUGAAAUCAAGUUAAACGACGUGGUUACUAGUUUGAGGAAAGAAAGGAGGGAGCUUCAAGGAGUAAAAGAUGUGGAAGAAAUUGGCAAAAAGUGGUCAAACAUAUUGUUAACUAUUGGGGAUGGUCGGAGUAGUCGAACUUAUUUUACUACUAGCAUUUGUGGGUUUCCAGUUUAUCAAGUGGAUUUUGGUUGGGGAAACCCGGUACGAGCAAUGCUACGAGUUGGAAAUGAAGAUGCGAGUAUUUUUAUGGAUACUCCUUCCGGAGAUGGUAUUGAAGCAACCGUAUGUUUGGAACAAGAAGAAAUGGAUAUCUUCCAACAUGAUCAACAACUUCUUGAAUACACACAACAAAAUAUAUGA